AUGAAGUAUUUCCAAACUGCAUCCUCUCAAGUCCCAAACUUCCCAGAGUAUGUGGCUGUUAGGACAUUUGAUGAUGUUCAGGUUGAACACUAUGACAGCAACACCAUGAAAGCAGUACCCAAACAUGACUGGGUGGACGAAUUCCCAGAAGAUUCACUGUCCUGGAAGUGGGAGACUGAGAGCCAUAGGGGUAACCAGCAGUUCUUCAAAGCCAGCCUCGAAACUUUGAGGGAGCGCUUUAACCAAACUGGAGGUGUCCACAUUAUCCAGCAGAUGCAUGGAUGUGAAUUGGACAAUGAGACUGGAGAGGUUAAUGGAUUCUAUCAGUAUGGUUAUGAUGGAGAAGAUUUCCUGUCAAUUGACCUAAAGACUCUGACAUGGAUCGCUGCAAACCCACAGGCUGUCAUCACCAAACUGAAAUGGGAGAAGACUGGUGAAGGAGAACGCUGGAAGAACGCCAUCACCCAGAUAUGCGUUGAGUGGCUGAAGGAGUAUGUGAACUAUGGGAGGAGCUCUCUGCUGAGAACAGACCUUCCCUCAGUGUCUCUCCUCCAGAAGACUCCCUCCUCUCCAGUCCGCUGCUUCGCUACAGGUUUCUACCCUAGCAGAGCCGAGAUGUUCUGGAGGAAAGAUGGAGAGGAGAUUCAUGAGGACGUGGAACUUGGAGAGAUCCUCCCAAACCACGACAGAUCCUCCCAGAUGAGUGUUAAGCUGAACCUUUCAUCAGUCGCACCUGAAGACUGGAGGAGGUAUGAAUGUGUGUUUCAGCUCUCUGGUGUGAAGGACGACAUCAUCACCAAACUGGACAAAGCUGCGAUCAAAUCUAAUGAAGCUUCAGACACUUCAUGA